UAUAAAGUAAAGAAGAAAAGCGCUUAAACAACAGAACUCGGAUAAAGUCACUGCGGUGUGUGCUGUGCAGAAGGAGGAAAAGGAAUUUCAGACGCAGAGAAACGGCCGGCUAGACAAGAUAUGAAGGAAAAUUAAAUUUUCCUGACCAGAACUAGAACUUGAAGUUUUUCUCCUCCCUUGGAACGGAGGAAUACCAGUGAUACUCGAAAUUCAAGCUGUGAAACGUAGACGGAAUUUAUUAGCUAAUUAACAAAUUUUAAACAUAAGGAACAUCUGCACUAGCAGCAGUAUCAGAAAACUCACCACCACCACAACCACAGCAAAAUGUCUACCGUCGACAAGGAGGAGCUGGUCCAGAAGGCUAAACUGGCCGAACAAUCGGAACGAUAUGACGACAUGGCACAAGCGAUGAAAUCAGUGACAGAAACCGGAGUAGAACUAUCAAACGAAGAACGAAACCUGCUAUCUGUCGCCUACAAGAAUGUCGUCGGUGCACGAAGAUCGUCCUGGCGGGUAAUAUCGUCGAUUGAACAGAAAACCGAAUCCUCUGCCCGCAAACAGCAGCUAGCACGGGAGUACCGAGAACGAGUCGAAAAGGAGCUUAGGGAAAUCUGCUACGAAGUAUUGGGCCUGCUGGACAAAUUCUUGAUCCCCAAAGCCAGUAAUCCAGAAAGUAAGGUGUUUUACCUCAAAAUGAAGGGAGAUUACUACAGAUACCUAGCCGAGGUAGCCACAGGAGAAACCCGCAACACCGUAGUAGACGACUCGCAAGCCGCGUACCAGGAUGCCUUUGAAAUUAGUAAAGGCAAAAUGCAGCCAACACAUCCCAUCCGGUUGGGUCUCGCGCUCAAUUUCUCAGUCUUCUACUACGAGAUCCUAAACUCUCCCGACAAAGCCUGCCAGCUGGCGAAACAGGCGUUCGAUGACGCGAUUGCGGAACUGGACACCCUGAACGAGGAUUCCUACAAAGACUCCACCCUGAUCAUGCAAUUGCUGAGGGACAACCUUACCCUGUGGACCUCGGACACCCAAGGCGACGGUGAUGAACCACAGGAGGGUGGCGAUAAUUAACCAAACUAAAAUUAAUGCAAAAACAAAAACACACACUUAAAUAUAAUAGAAAUUCCUUUUGACUAAUUAAUUAAAAACAAAACAGAAGAAUCAGAAGAAAAAAACCACACCCAACAAGACAAAGAACAAGUCGAAAAAGAGCAGAGGAAAAACAAAGUUAAAUGAGCAACAAAAGGGAAAAACAGACAUUUUCUUGAGGAAAUUGCUAAAGAACUCAAAAAACACACACACACACUUUCUUUGUGGAGUUUAACCGAAGCUCUCGCCAUCUCGGGCCAUCGCAGCCGAAGCAAAUCGCAAAAACCGCGACGACGAGAGCAACUAGAGUGGAAAGAGAGAGAAACAAAAUACAUGUUUGUAUGUAUGUUCUAUUUAUCCCCCCUUCCCGAUAAUUGUUUCCAUUUGGGAAACAGCCCGAAAAAUUAUGAAACAAAGCUUCGUUAAUAUAAAUAGUUUCACUUCACAGAAAGAAUUGUUAUUUUUUGUUUUUGUUUUACGAAACUAGAGAGAAACAAGCAGCGAAAGGUUUUUAAAAAAUCGCUUGUAAUUUGUAAUUACGCAUCAAAACUACAGCAAAUCAUA